AUAUAGGAUCUUGGCAUGCAAAUCCAUGGAAUUCAUGACAGCGCCACUCCAGAGACUGAGCUACACCUUCACUUCUCCCUCAACACAAUGAUGAUGAUGAUGAUCAGCGAUCCUCCACGCACAAAUCCAACCGUCCAAAUCCCUAAUUGGGAUCCCUACCUCGAUGAUCAGAAUCCGACGCCCCACAUUCAGUCUCCUGCCAUCCACGCCGAUGUCUCUCAAUACGACGUCGCCCUAGCCGCGCUGCAGCGCUACCUCCCUUCCAACAAGGAGGAUUUCGCCGCCGAUGAUCCGGAAGAUGACGAUUUCGACAUUCCGGUGGACGCGUACUCGUGCGACGAGUUCCGGAUGUACGAGUUCAAGGUGAAGCGGUGUGCGAGGGCGCGGUCGCACGACUGGACGGAGUGCCCGUUCGCGCACCCCGGGGAGAAGGCGCGGCGGCGGGAUCCGCGCCUGCACCACUACUCCGGCAGCGCGUGCCCCGACUUCCGCAGGGGCGCGUGCAGGAGGGGCGACGCGUGCGAGCACGCGCACGGCGUGUUCGAGUGCUGGCUCCACCCCGCGCGCUACCGCACGCAGCCGUGCAAGGACGGGACGCACUGUCGCCGCCGCGUCUGCUUCUUCGCGCACAUGCCGGAGCAGCUCAGGAUCCUGCCGUACGCCGCCGACGAAUCGCCGCGGUCUGUGACGAUCGGAUCCUCUCCGCGGUACUCGCCGCCGACGUCUCCGUUGGCAGCGUCGCCGCCGCAGUCUCCGAUGAGUCAGCUCACCGAGUCGAUUCGCGGUAUGCAGAUCAAUAAUAAGAUGAAAUUAGGGCUCGGGAUGGGAUUGAGCAUGAGCCCACCGUCCUGGGGCGGCGGGUACGGGUCGCCUUGCAGCCCGUCGAAGAUCCGACCCGGAUUCCGGAGUCUUCCUGCAACUCCUAUCAGGGCUGUGACCCGGCCCGGGAUAAACGCGUUUGAUCUGUGGGAGAGUUCUUGCGAGGAGGAGCCGGCGAUGGAGCGGGUCGAGUCGGGUCGGGCGCUCCGCGAGAGGAUCUAUUCGAAGCUCGGUAAGGAGAACUCGUUGUAUCGGGUCGGGCAUGGAGAUUCGGCGGGUUCGGUGCCUGAUAUCGGGUGGGUUUCGGAGCUGUGCAAGUGAACAUCGGUGUCGGGUUGGGUUGGGUUGGGUUAUGAUUCGGGUCGUGCAGCCUUUAUCGUAGUAUGGUUCUAAGUUUUCCGGCUGUAAAUAUGCUUUUUUCUGACUCAUUGAAUGUGAAUAUGGGUUUUUGGGUCGGGUCGGGUCGACUGAAUAGGUUAGGUGUUGAUUAAGAUGUUUAUUUUGUGGUUAUUUUGGAUUUAUUUGGUUUUUAGUGAUAUAUGGGGAAAAUUGCUAUUGCAAAUUUUGUAAUUUUGUAUAUACAAAUUUGAGGUUUUCUAUGGAGGCUGCCGAUUAUUUUGGAUGCUUCAAAA